AAAGAGAGCAAUAGACAGAGGGAGGGAACGAGAGGGGAGACGGAGAUAGAUACACAUUGCUAGCAAAAACAGUCUACAAAAAAUAUAAAUAGAAAAGGUAUUUUAUUUAUUCUCGUUAGAAUUGUGUUUCAUUCAUCUUGUUUCAUUCAUCUGAGUGUGAGGUUACAAAGAGGGGGCGUGUGAAGGUAGACUGAGACAUCAAGACGAAGGUAAAGAGACACUGCAGUGGAGCUGGAAUAUGGAUGCACAGUCUGAGAGCUGUGAACCACCACCAUGUGACCCUCAGCCUCCAGGUAAAAUCAGAAAAGCCUUCAAACUAUUCGGCAAGCGGAAGCCUGGGAGCAGCGUCGCUAGCAUCUUCUCCAUACGUGGGAAAGGAGAUGGAGGCCCUAAAUCACCGCCGUCAAAGAGCAAAACCCUGGAUGGAUUAAAUGAACCUACUGCCCCAGAAGCAGAGGCGGAGCAGGUGGAUCUUGACCAGGGGGAUGAGAGUCAACAGGACGAUGCUCCAAUGGAGGAGUUCACAGAUGGGAACAUGAAUUCAGAAACUACUCCUACGCGGCACUCAAUCACUUCCCUCACCUCUGCUAAGUCUCUGAGCUUCCUCAAUAUGCUUCGCAAAGGUAGGCAGGGACUAAUGGGAGAUCGGCAGACUCAGACCGAGUCUCAGAGGCCCGGGCGGCAACGGAAGGGUCUGAAGGGAUUGUUUGGAACAGUGCACUGGCGUGGUAGAGAGAAAGAGGAUGAGGAGCAGGGUGAACCAGGCCCUCCCCUUCUUGCUUCCCGCUCCAACAGCGUUGAGAUUAUAAAGGAGAGUCUCACACUGACACCCGGACCUCCACCUCGCUCUGUGGAGGAGGCAGAGGAAAACCCUCAGCUUCCUACACCACAAGAGGGCCCUGCAUCAUCUGUGGACUCUGCAAAGGUGAGCGGGUCAACCAAACCUCCUGCAAAUGAACGCUUGAGCACACUGCUUGGAGAUAUCUCGUCAAUUUUAAGCUUUGAUUCACUAACGGCAUGUGGAGAUAUUGUAGCAGAUGUCGAGGCAGAAUGGGUUAAAGCUAGCAGUCGAAUGGAGGAAGCACCUAGCACAUUGAAAGUGGAUAGUUCUGAGAAGACUUCAUCUUCUACGACUUCUACCAGAUCAAAGCCCAGUCCUUCUCCAACCCUAAGCCCAUCCACCUCGUUCAAACCUUCCCCUACUUUAGCAACCAAACCCACCCCUUCACCUACCACCUCCAAACCUAUUCCCAGCCCUUUGAAAAAACCUGCAGUUACCUCAACAUCCUCUCCAGUGACCAAAAUGUCACCAUCUAUGCUUGCUGACCCUAUUAUCCCUACUCCAACAUCCAGCCCUCUCACCAAACCCACCCCUACACAAUCAGCUAUGCCCAUAACCCAGCUUACCCCAACACCUAUCCCAAUUCCUCAAGCCACAGAAACUGCAACAACUACUCCAAUUAUCCAACCUACCCCACCCGCUACAUUUUUCUACAAUACACAGCCUACCCCAAGCCCUAGAUCAAGCCCCACAACCACAUCUACAACUUCCCCAGCUAAAGCUACCCUGUCCCCUAAAUCUAGCCCUGAAAUCAAACUAGACACAAUAUCAAGCUCCACAACUGACCCACUGACCAAACAUAUUCCAUCCUCUACACCCAUUCCUCCGUCCAUCUCAGCCUCUACUUCUGAAACAUCCCCCUCACCCACAAUUAGUUCUACCCCUGAACUAGCUGCAGUUACUAAAGCUGAACCUGCCCCAACCCCUGUAACUAAACCUUCCCAAGCCCCAACCCCUUCAACAAAACCCACUCCGUGCAUUACCCAUGAAUCCAAACAAACUGUGUCUACCUCUGCAGCCAAAUACACCCCUUAUCCACCACCUUUUGGUAAACCUACCCCUGCCCCUGCACCAACACCAAGACCAAAACUUGUAACAACAUUUGGAUUAUCGACAAGCCGAAACACUGCUCCUAUUGCCAAGCUUGAGAUAAAACAACCCAUGGGACAAACUUCAAAAUCUAGCACCCAAACUGGCACAACAUCUGUAAGGAAAGCCUCUAUCUCUGAAUUGAAUGUUCCUAUUGCUAAAUCUCCAUCUGCUGUUGGUCCUAUUCUUACAUCUUCCUCUGCCACCACAAAAUCACCCACAGUUCCCUCUGCACCACAAGUUCCUGUCCUAAAGUCUCCUCCUGGUAUUUCUCCAUCAUUCCUUUCUUUUAAAAUCGCAGAUGAUGAUGCCAGGAUAGAUUUAAGAGAGGACCUGGUAAGACAAGAAGAAAUUGACAACAGAGUGGCUACUCAAAGCAUCAGCAAGGCAGUGAAAAGGGGCCCUGCAGUGAAGCCUACAACUCUGAGUAAGAUUCCUGUGAGUGGUGGAGGCAGACCUCCAAAGCUGCAUCAUCGAGAUUCCCAGCCCAAUGGAGAUGAGGAGCACUCAAAUUUAACAACACCGGUACAUGAAGAGGAGAGCCCAUUCGCUCUCUCACGGGAAAGCAGCAGCAAGGAGGCCCUCAGUGAUGUCUCCACAGAAUCGGGGGCUAUCACCCCAACGCUCUCCCACAGCCAAGAGGACAUUCUUGAUGGAAAACUUGGUUUCCAGACAUCAUCACGUCCUGUAGCUGGUGCCACAAGCUUAACCCGGGAAUCCAGGAUCCCAAUUAAACACGGAUCUACUGCAACCUACCAUUCUGUACAGGGCAGGGCAGAAGCCACACGUUCUAAGAUACCGGUGUCCAAAAUGCCUGUUCGUCGGACCAACAAUAAGCCUGCACCAACAGCUACAGCUGCUGUCGCCCGAAAAUAACUGAAAUAAUAAUUCUGUCUAUGACAAAAUCCUGAAACAUUCCACUGGCUACAGUUUUCUCAAGAUUUACUUUGUGAUAUUCGUUCAGGCAUUACUGCACCUUUUUGAAGCAAAAAAUCGUCACAGGACAACUGGAUUGUUACCGUUAUUUGAACUAAUUUACACACUGGUGUCAACCACACAAUUCUUUUAUCAGCUGAGUGUUUUAUUCAUAUCACUCUUGAACAGACUGAUGCUGUGGAUUCAACUCUGUGUACAACCAGGAACAGACAGCACACCCACAGGCCCUGUCUAGGUAAUCUCUAUGGCAACCAAACGUGCAAAUUAAAUGGCAGGCACUAAAGCACAAGAGCCCUCACCUGGAAUCCAAAGCCAUGAAGACCUUCUCUGAAGAAACAAGCAAUGUAUCUGUCCAUUAUCUCUGGCAUUGUAAUAGUCCAUAAUGGUCUUUUGUGGUAAUUAAAAGCCUCAGAGAAGAAACAAGCGAUCCAGCACAGUCUUGUGGUUUUCAUCCAGGUCUACAACACCAGAGGAGCCCAGUAUCAUCACAAAGGUGCUUUUUUCUUAACAUCCUGCCUGCCACGCAGAAAAAAAAGUUUUGUUACAGACCAAUGGAGAGAUCUUUGUAGCCUUUGUUUCUAUUUUUGUCUGGUGUCUUUUCCCCCAAAAAAUUUUUAAGUUAACUUUGUGGAUCAAUGUUAGUCUUCUUCAAACUCCCUCGUGUUGUAUGCAAACAAACAGAAUCUCUUACCUAUACAGUUCAUGCCAAGACAGGAUAUUCCACAGUAUCUUUUGAAUGUAUGUAGCAGAAUGCAUGCCCUACCUUUUCAACAAAAUGAGCCAUCUCACUCCUUUUCCUCUCCCCACCGAUAUCCUUUUCUCAAGUUUUUUUUUUUUUUUUUAAACACUGUGUUAAGUCACACAGUGCCUGUCAGCUGUAACAAAUGUGUAUGUAACAUGUCAUCAUGGAACUAUGAGGCAUAUGGAUCUCUGGAGCUCUACGGAUUUUUUUAUUUGCCUGCACUUUAACAAUGUGCAUUAAAGAAGGUUAAAGACAGUAGAGAUGAUGUUUCACAGGCAGUUGGUGUUAUAGGUAAGCUAAGACUUUCAUGGUUGAGAGUAUGUUAUUUGGAUGGAUUAUUUUAUUAUUAUUUUUUUUUUAAGUUGCCAUCACAUGCACAUGUUUAACAGAGGACUAUUUUUUUGUGUGUAUGAGUGUGUGUGUGUGUGUGUGUGUGUGUGUAUGAAUGAGUGUGUGUGAUUAUCUUAAAUGUCACAAUGUUUCCUAUUUAAUCAAUAAAAUGUGAUUAUACCUAGAUCAGUUUCAAUGUCAUGCAGGGUGCUAAUGGUAUAGGAUUGGAUUGCAUAGGACAGAAUUAGAUUGUAAGAGAUUGGCUGUGCCGUACAUUUUCCACUUUAGUGACAUUAUGUAACUGUGUUACUCUUUGGUUCAAGAAGUGGAACCCUGCAGAGCUUUCCACUAUAAAGACGGAGACUCCCACCACUGCCAGCCCCCACCCCCAGGUUCCUCUGCAGUGCCAUGCUGUUGGGCUGAAAAACCCACUGACCUGAAUAACAAACCUCAUGAAUGUCAGUAUUGCCUCGUCAGUGAGCUGUAGGCUAAGAAGCUAUAGAAUUUCUGCCACACAUACAUGCAGCUGCUGCAUGCAAAUGAAACAUUUCUAAUGGGUUAAGUUGUCUCUAAUAGGAACUAGUCAACCUUCAUAUAAUAUAACUGAGUGAAUGAAUGAAGGCUAAAAUAGGGGAACAGUGGUGCACAUAGAGAGAAUGACACAGAGAGGAAUUGUGGUACAGAUGGAGAUUGAGAACAAGCAAAGGGAGGGCAGAAAAAAGAAAAGUCUUUUCGGUUCCAUCACAGCUGUGUUUUUUGAUGGUGGUGACAUAGCAAGAAAUGCUAAAAGCAGUGCACAAUGACCUUGUUUUCUUACGUUCCUCCAUUUUCAGCAUGUUUUACAUAUAGUAUACUAACACUACAGACAUUUUAACUCCUAGCAUUGUAAUCAAGCUAACAGCAGAUGAUGCUUAUAGGGACAGAGAUUUAGGCAGAGAUAUCCAUCACGGGAUGAACGAAGGUAGAGGGGGGUUGACGUUUUUUCACAUAAGGAAUAAGAAAAACAAAGCAUGGAUAUUUAUAGACAAAACUCCUCACAGAGACAGAACAAACACGGUUCUGUUGUCCAAAUCAGAGCCCAGAGCAGUGGCACUGUUUAUCUGGAAAAACACGAGGACUUCACCACUUCACAGGGUGAUUAGCCAGAGAGCAGCUCACUGUUAAUGGAAACCCUUGGUUAUGGAUCUGCCACCCCCCUGGGGUCUGGAGAAGAUGAAAGCUGUAUGCACUAACUCAUGUGCUGCACCAAACACUGACAAACGGUCUGUCUGAUUGUGAAAAUGAAUAAUGAUGAUGUUCACAUAGCCUCAAUUACUAAAUCUGAAGUGAAUCAUCAAAGCGAAAAUGUGAAACGCAGUCUGCUCUAGGGUGGCAAAAAAAUGCAUACAACUGAACAGUGCAGGGAGACAUGCAAAAGCUAUAUCUGCAUGAGGAUCCUAUUUUGAGCCCUUGUUACAUAGCAUUGUCUAAAUCUAAUGGAAUAAAUGCUGGCAUGCUAAUUUAGCCAAGCAAGACCAUAUACAAGAGGUGAUCCUCCCCUCAAGCAGAUGGCACAAAAUGACAGUGGACUUAUUCACAAUUACAUGUGCAGACAAACACAAUUGUUUAAUGCAGCGGGUGAUGUCACAACAAACAGGAUUAAAAAGCUAUUUAAUGUUAUCUGCAUAUGCUUUUAGUUUAUGUGCAUCCAGACAUGAGUUUAACACUAUAAUCUCUUUGAGAGAUUGGUUUUAAAACAUGAAACUCUGAAAAACGUCUGAAAGCAAAGGCGUAAUGGAAAGGCAACAUCAGGAGAUUUGAACUAUGUUUCCUGAAAAUAAAUAUCCUUCAGCUCCUAUCAUAUUCCUUAUAUAAUACAGAACAAAUGCGCCAUUAUGAGAAGGAUGGAUUGUCAUAAACUCUCCUGAUACUUUAAAACAGGUCAUGACAACUGAAUCCCUGUGUCUUAUUCCCUUUUGGUGUAUAUAAACACCCCUGGUGAAAAGAUGUUCUCUGUUAGGAGAUGUUUGGCUAAUUAUCCAUGCGCCACUGAAAAAAAUGUCGCUAUGGCAACCUCACUAGGUCAGCCAAUGGGAGGCUGUGAAGAGGAGGGGUGUGGUGAGGAGGCAAGGAGUUCUAAUGCACUCUCACAUUACACACGCAACAAUUUAUCUUUCCAUAAUGUUAAAAUGAACUAUAGUAUGUAGCAUGUGUAUAAAACUAUGUAGAAUAUGCGACAGAUGGGCUUUAUUGAACCUUA